CAGCCUGGCCGGCUGGCCUUGAUCCCCUACUCCAAUGGUCCAGGGGUCCCAACGCUUGCACCACGCCUCCUCAGUAAAGAUGACUAUUGGGUCUGCAAACCUUCCUCUGCCUCCACGAUGUGCAUGGACUUUGGGAAGCUUGAGAAAGAAGAUGGCUUCUUUUCUUUGUACUGCCAUUCCGAAGGCAAUGAAGGGGAUAUGCCUUUCGAUGGUUCUGAGCUUCUUCCCUUACAGGUGGAUAUUUCCUCUUGCAGUACCACCCCCAUGCCUUUCAAAAAAUACCUCAAACACUCCAAAGAAACUACUCCUCAUGCCAUGGAGACAAGGAGCAAAAUCUAUGGGGCUCACACGGUGAUUGAGAGAAGGCAGCUUUGGGAGAGCUUACAGGGGAGGAGCAACACUAAUCAAAAUUGGGUGGUGGGAGGCGACUUUAAUGCUAUUUCUUCCCCUUCAGAAUACAAAGGUCAGUGCAAAUCAAAUGCACUUGGAAUGGAAGAGUUCAACUCGUGCAUUGAAGCUUGCAAUCUGUUCUGCCCAGACCCUUCCGGUGGUCUCUUUACAUGGUCUGGCACAAGAAGCCGUGGGAGAACAUGGCGUAGGUUGGAUAGAGUGUUGGUUAAUCUAGCUUUUCAAUCAUUCUUUCCUCAUUUUUAUACUCACCAUUUACCCAAAGCUUGUAGUGACCACAAAGCUAUUCUCUUCACUUGCCAUUCUAGCCGUGACAGUGGCCCUUCUUCAUUCCGAUUCCUGAAUGCCUGGAUUUACCAUGACCAGUUCCUCCAGGUGGUUAAGGAUUGUUGGACUAAGACUCCCUACUCUGGUGGCAUGCGUGGACUUGUGGCAAAACUCAAAAAACUUAAGGAAUGUCUCAAGGAGUGGAACAAGAAGGAAUUUGGCAAUAUCUUUGAAAAUCUAACUAAGGCGGAGGAGUUUGCAACCCAAACCCAGUUGUGCUUUGAGGAAGAUCCUACCGAUGCCAAGUGCGAAAUAGCCGAGAAGGCAAACGCCAAACUUCUUCUCGCUACUCACAAAGAGGUGGCAUAUUGGAAGCAAAAAGCUAAUGCGAGAUGGCUUGAAUUUGGGGACUCAAACUCCAAGGUCUUCCAUGCCUUUGCUAAUGGGAAGAGAAGGAAGCUUGCCAUUAAUCAUAUUAUUUCGGACACUGGUGUUGGGCUCUCCAUUCAAUCAGAGAUCUGCUUGGAAGCUGCUUCCCACUUCUCCAAGCAGUUUCAGGCCCUUUCCCCCUCCAACCCUAUCCACCCCCUCUCCUAAAUCCCUAGUAUCAUCACAGACAGUGAUAACUUGCAGCUCAGUAGGAUUCCUUCCUUGGAGUAAGUUCAGCAGGCAGUUUGGGAGCUGGACAGUGGCAGCGCCUCAGGACCGGAUGGCUUCAAUGGUGUUUUCUUCCGUACUUGUUGGGAAAUUAUUAAAGAGGAAAUGCUCAAAGCCUCUCAAUAAUUUUUCUUGGGAUUU